AUGGGGACGGCGCUUCUCCAGCGCGGGGGCUGCUUUCUCCUGUGCCUCUCGCUGCUGCUCCUGGGCUGCUGGGCAGAGCUGGGCAGCGGGCUCGAGUUCCCGGGCGCUGAGGGCCAGUGGACACGCUUCCCCAAGUGGAACGCCUGCUGCGAGAGCGAGAUGAGCUUCCAGCUCAAGACUCGCAGCGCCCGCGGUCUCGUGCUCUACUUCGACGACGAGGGCUUCUGCGACUUCCUGGAGCUCAUCCUGACGCGCGGCGGCCGCCUGCAGCUCAGCUUCUCCAUCUUCUGCGCGGAGCCCGCCACGCUCCUGGCCGACACCCCGGUCAACGACGGCGCCUGGCACAACGUGCGUAUCCGCCGCCAGUUCCGCAACACCACGCUCUUCAUCGACCAGGUGGAGGCCAAGUGGGUGGAGGUCAAGUCGAAGCGCAGGGACAUGACCGUGUUCAGCGGCCUCUUUGUCGGGGGGCUGCCCCCGGAACUGCGCGCUGCGGCGCUCAAGCUGACGCUGGCCUCGGUGCGGGAGCGAGAGCCCUUUAAAGGGUGGAUCCGUGAUGUGAGGGUCAACUCCUCCCAGGCCCUGCCAGUGGACAGCGGCGAGGUGAAGCUGGACGACGAGCCGCCCAACAGUGGCGGGGGCAGCCCGUGCGAGGCUGGCGAGGAGGGCGAGGGCGGGGUGUGCCUCAACGGAGGCGUGUGCUCGGUGGUUGACGACCAGGCGGUGUGCGACUGUUCGAGAACCGGCUUCCGCGGCAAGGACUGCAGCCAAGAAGACAACAAUGUGGAAGGUCUGGCGCACCUGAUGAUGGGCGACCAAGGUAAAAGUAAAGAAGAUAACUUUAUUGAAGAUUUGGGCCACAACAUACUUUUUGGGGGGCAGGGAAAAGAAGAAUAUAUUGCCACUUUCAAGGGAUCUGAAUACUUCUGCUAUGACUUGUCUCAAAACCCCAUCCAAAGCAGCAGCGAUGAAAUAACUCUGUCCUUUAAAACUCUUCAGAGGAAUGGACUGAUGCUUCACACCGGGAAAUCGGCUGAUUAUGUCAAUCUUGCCCUGAAAAAUGGAGCUGUUUCUCUGGUCAUUAAUUUGGGAUCAGGGGCCUUUGAAGCACUAGUGGAGCCCGUGAAUGGAAAGUUUAAUGAUAAUGCCUGGCAUGAUGUGAAAGUCACCAGGAAUCUGCGUCAGCACUCAGGCAUUGGACACGCUAUGGUAAACAAACUACAUUGUUCGGUGACAAUAUCAGUGGAUGGGAUUCUUACCACAACGGGCUACACGCAAGAAGAUUAUACCAUGCUGGGGUCUGAUGACUUUUUCUAUGUUGGAGGCAGUCCCAGCACAGCAGACCUUCCAGGGUCACCAGUCAGUAACAACUUUAUGGGCUGUCUCAAAGAGGUUGUAUAUAAAAAUAAUGAUGUAAGACUGGAAUUAUCUCGUCUUGCCAAACAAGGAGACCCUAAGAUGAAGAUCCAUGGAGUGGUAGCAUUUAAAUGUGAGAAUGUUGCAACUUUGGACCCAAUCACCUUUGAAACCCCAGAGUCUUUCAUCUCUUUGCCUAAAUGGAAUGCAAAGAAAACAGGCUCCAUAUCAUUUGAUUUCCGUACAACAGAGCCAAAUGGCCUCAUCUUAUUUAGCCAUGGCAAGCCAAGACACCAAAAAGAUGCCAAGCACCCUCAGAUGAUAAAGGUUGACUUCUUUGCUAUUGAGAUGCUGGAUGGCCAUCUCUACCUCCUCUUGGACAUGGGGUCAGGUACAAUAAAAAUCAAAGCCCUACAGAAGAAGGUGAAUGAUGGAGAAUGGUAUCAUGUGGACUUCCAGAGAGAUGGACGGUCAGGUACCAUUUCUGUCAACACGCUGCGCACACCCUAUACUGCUCCUGGCGAGAGCGAGAUUCUGGACCUGGAUGAUGAGUUGUACCUGGGGGGCUUGCCAGAAAAUAAGGCUGGCCUCGUCUUCCCCACCGAGGUGUGGACUGCUCUGCUCAAUUAUGGCUACGUGGGCUGCAUUAGAGAUUUGUUCAUUGAUGGCCAGAGCAAAGAUAUCCGGCAAAUGGCUGAAAUUCAAAGUACUGCUGGAGUGAAGCCCUCCUGCUCAAGGGAAACAGCAAAACCGUGCCUUAGCAACCCCUGCAAAAACAAUGGCAUGUGCAGGGAUGGGUGGAACAGAUAUGUCUGUGAUUGUUCCGGAACAGGCUAUCUUGGCAGGUCCUGCGAGAGAGAGGCAACGGUUCUGAGCUACGAUGGGAGUAUGUUUAUGAAAAUCCAGCUCCCGGUGGUGAUGCACACAGAGGCUGAAGAUGUGUCCUUACGGUUCCGAUCACAGCGUGCAUACGGCAUUCUCAUGGCAACCACUUCUAGAGAUUCAGCAGACACCCUCCGCCUGGAGCUGGAUGCAGGGCGUGUGAAACUGACGGUCAAUCUAGAUUGUAUCAGGAUUAACUGUAAUUCCAGCAAAGGUCCCGAGACCCUUUUUGCCGGCUAUAACCUCAAUGAUAACGAAUGGCACACAGUGCGUGUGGUCCGUCGAGGAAAAAGUUUAAAGUUAACCGUGGAUGACCAACAGGCCAUGACAGGUCAAAUGGCAGGCGAUCACACGAGGCUGGAGUUUCAUAACAUAGAGACUGGCAUCAUCACGGAACGUCGGUAUCUGUCUUCUGUCCCCUCCAACUUCAUUGGACACCUGCAAAGCCUGACAUUUAAUGGAAUGGCAUACAUUGACUUGUGUAAAAAUGGUGACAUAGAUUACUGUGAGCUCAAUGCCAGAUUUGGCUUCAGGAACAUCAUAGCAGACCCUGUCACCUUCAAGACCAAAUCAAGUUAUGUUGCCUUAGCUACAUUGCAAGCCUACACUUCUAUGCAUCUUUUUUUCCAGUUCAAGACAACAUCCCUAGAUGGACUAAUACUAUAUAAUAGUGGGGAUGGAAAUGACUUUAUUGUGGUCGAAUUAGUUAAAGGGUACUUACAUUAUGUGUUUGAUUUGGGAAAUGGUGCUAACCUUAUCAAAGGGAGCUCAAAUAAACCUCUCAAUGACAAUCAGUGGCACAAUGUGAUGAUAUCAAGGGACACCAGCAAUCUCCACACUGUCAAAAUUGACACGAAAAUCACAACACAAAUCACUGCGGGAGCCAGGAACUUGGACCUUAAAAGUGACUUAUAUAUAGGAGGAGUGGCUAAAGAAACCUACAAAUCUUUGCCGAAACUCGUCCAUGCCAAGGAGGGUUUUCAAGGCUGCCUGGCCUCAGUUGAUUUAAAUGGACGACUUCCAGACCUCAUCUCAGAUGCUCUUUUCUGCAAUGGACAGAUUGAGAGAGGAUGUGAAGGACCCAGCACAACCUGCCAAGAGGACUCCUGUUCCAAUCAAGGUGUGUGCUUGCAGCAAUGGGAUGGCUUCAGCUGUGACUGUAGUAUGACUUCCUUCAGUGGUCCACUCUGCAAUGACCCUGGGACAACAUAUAUCUUUAGCAAAGGUGGUGGACAAAUCACAUAUAAGUGGCCUCCUAAUGACCGGCCAAGUACACGAGCAGACAGACUGGCCAUAGGGUUUAGCACUGUUCAAAAAGAAGCUGUAUUGGUGCGAGUGGACAGUUCUUCUGGCCUGGGUGACUACCUAGAGCUUCAUAUACACCAAGGAAAAAUUGGAGUUAAAUUUAAUGUUGGGACAGAUGACAUCGCCAUUGAGGAGUCCAAUGCAAUCAUUAACGAUGGGAAAUACCAUGUAGUCCGUUUUACAAGGAGUGGUGGCAAUGCCACAUUACAGGUGGACAGCUGGCCAGUGAUCGAGCGCUACCCUGCAGGAAACAAUGAUAACGAGCGCCUGGCGAUUGCUAGACAGCGAAUUCCAUAUCGACUUGGUCGAGUAGUUGAUGAAUGGCUACUCGACAAAGGGCGUCAGCUCACAAUCUUCAAUAGCCAAGCAACCAUAAUAAUUGGCGGGAAAGAGCAGGGCCAGCCCUUCCAGGGCCAGCUCUCUGGGCUUUACUACAAUGGCUUGAAAGUUCUGAAUAUGGCAGCCGAAAAUGAUGCCAACAUCGCCAUAGUGGGAAAUGUGAGACUUGUUGGUGAAGUGCCUUCCUCAAUGACAACUGAGUCGACAGCCACUGCCAUGCAGUCAGAGAUGUCCACAUCAAUUAUGGAGACCACCACAACCCUAGCUACUAGCACAGCCAGAAGAGGAAAGCCCCCUACAAAAGAACCCAUUAGCCAGACCACAGAUGACAUCCUUGUGGCCUCAGCAGAAUGUCCCAGCGACGAUGAGGACAUUGACCCCUGUGAGCCGAGCUCAGGUGGGUUAGCUAACCCAACCCGAGCAGGCGGGCGAGAGCCGUACCCAGGCUCAGCGGAAGUGAUUCGGGAGUCCAGCAGCACCACAGGCAUGGUGGUGGGGAUCGUAGCUGCCGCCGCCCUGUGCAUUCUCAUUCUCCUCUAUGCCAUGUACAAGUACAGAAACCGGGAUGAAGGCUCGUAUCAUGUGGACGAGAGUCGAAACUACAUCAGUAACUCAGCACAGUCCAACGGGGCUGUUGUAAAGGAGAAACAACCCAGCAGUGCGAAAAGCGCCAACAAAAAUAAGAAAAACAAGGAUAAAGAGUAUUACGUCUGA